AUGUCUCCUUCAACAACAAAAAUUAUUAAUGAAAAUACGAACCAUACCAUCAUUCCCUCACCAACUGACACUGGUGCUCUAGCCAACAGAAUUAACUUUAAUACAAGGGAACAACAUAACAAAAUCGAUAAAACAAUGAGUCUUAAAUUUGCUAUGGCAAUGAAACAUGGAUUUAUAUAUCGACAAGGGUUGCUAGCCUUUUAUUUUGUUUUCAAAGCUAUCGAAGAGGAAAUCCAAAGAUUGAUGUCUGACAAUAGCAGCAAUAAUUUAACUGGGGAAAUAUUACGUGGGUUUUGGAUGGAUGAAUUUUAUAGAACUGGUAAUUUAUAUAAUGAUUUGUGUUUUUUUUAUUCAAAAGAAUUCCCCACGAAACAAACUUUUGACAAAUUUUUAAAGGAACAAAGUUCUCAAUUACCAUCUAAACAACAGGAUUUUAUCGACUACAUUCAUGAAAUGACACUUUUAAAACCAUGGGUUAUUUUGGCUUACUGUCAUGUUGAAUAUUUAGCUUUGUUUGCUGGCGGUCGUGUCAUGAGAAGCACUCUUUACAAAAACAGCGGUUUAUUUCCAAGCAUUGGACAUUUGUCAAAAGAAGAAAUUAGUAAAAAGGGUACUAAGUUUUUCACUUUCAGCGAGGAUGGUGUAGUUGCUGAAAAUAAAUUAAGAAUGGAAUAUAGAAAAAAUUUUGAAAUUCAGACUAGGAAUAAACUAAGUGAACAACAAAAAUUAGACAUCAUUGAGGUUGCUGGUAAAAUCUUUGAUUGGAAUGCUUCUAUUGUUAAUGAAUUAGGACAAAUUAACAGAGAUGAAUUGAUGAAUAAAUUUAGCUUCAGGUUAAUCACAUUUAUAUUUGAAGAAUUAAAAGCAUCCAAAUUUUUUACAAUAAAAACUAAAAAUGUCUCUCAGAAAAAACUCUUUUUAGUUUUUAUACUGGCUUUGUUACAGAUAUUAAUUACCAUUGGCUUUUUUAAAAUGUAUUUUUAA